AUGAUGAGUUUGUCUGAGACAUACUUUGAAAAUUCAGUGUGUCUGGAUGAUGAUAAGUUCCGGUAUUUUUCAGCAAUGCACCGCGUUGGUAAUGGGGGGAACACAAACAAUUCAACUCGACCACGGAAAGGGAAGAGAUUAACGUAUGUGUUGAAUGAUGCUGAUGACACAAAGCAUUGUGCAGGCAUAAAUUGUUUGUCUCUGCUUAAGUCUGCGCCAUCUGACGGGUUUGAUUACCUUUUCACUGGAAGUCGUGAUAGCAAGCUGAAUCGAUGGGCAUUAGUUGAUGAUAUGCCAUCAUGCUCUGCUACCUUUGAAUCUCAUUUGGACUGGGUUAAUGAUGUUGUUCUUGUCGGUGAUAACGUUCUUGUUUCAUGUUCUUCGGAUAGAACUCUUAAGACGUGGAAUGUCUUGUCCACUGGAAAGUGUACUAGAACACUCCGCAAACACUCAGAUUAUGUUACUUGCCUUGCUACAGCUGAAAAAAAUAACGUGGUUGCCUCUGGCGGUCUUGGCGGGGAGGUUUUUAUAUGGGAUAUUGAAGUUGCAAUUCCUUCAGCUGAAAAAUGCAAUGAUAGGAUGGAUGAUGAUAAUUCAAAUGGUACUGAUCGUUUUGGGAACUCAUUACCAAAUACAAGCUUACCUACCACCAACUCGAGCAAUAAUAAUAUAUCCACGAACACUGCUCAAACUCAAGAAUACAUUCCAAUUGUUGCCAAAGGGCAUAAGGAAUCUGUUUAUGCAUUGGCAAUGAAUGAAGGUGGAACAAUUCUUGUCUCUGGUGGUACAGAAAAGGUAAAUUAUGGCAUUCUUGUUCGCUUUCUCACUUGUGUGGCUUCUGAUGUUACCUUUGGAUAUAAAAAUGUUGUGCGUGUUUGGGAUCCGAGAACUGGAUCAAAGACUUCAAAGCUAAAAGGACAUACAGAUAACAUCAGGGCUUUACUUUUAGACAGUACUGGCAGGUUCUGUAUUUCAGGAUCUUCUGACUCUAUGAUAAGGCUUUGGGAUCUUGGUCAGCAACGUUGUGUGCAUUCUUAUGCAGUGCAUACAGAUUCUGUUUGGGCUCUUGCCAGCACUUCAACAUUUAGUCAUGUUUACAGUGGUGGUAGAGAUAAUUCAGUAUACUUGACAGACUUGCAAACAAGAGAGAGUGCUUUGGUGUGUACUGGGGAAAAUCCUAUUCUUCAUUUGGCUUUGAAUGAUGAUAACAUAUGGGUUACAUCGACGGACUCUUCAGUUCACAGAUGGCCCGCUGAAGGACGCAACCCUCAAAAGAUUUUCCAAAGAGACAAUUCUUCAUUAACUGGAAAUUUGUCAUGCUCGAAAGCAAGGGUGUCAUCGGAAGAAUCUACCCCUGAUACUUCUGGUUCAGUGAAGUUGUGGGAAAUUACAAAAGGUGUCGUAGUUGAAGACUAUGGAAAGGUUUCAUUAGAGGAGAAAAAGGAGGACCUGUUCGAGAAGGUUAACAUUCCUGCAUGGUUCACGGUGGAUACCAGACUUGGAUGUUUGUCCGUACAUUUGGACUCUCCUCAAUGCUUUUCUGCUGAGAUGUUUAAGGCAGAUCUUAACAUUGUAGGCAAGCCUGAAGAUGAUAAGUUUGCGACGCGUCUGCCUUUCUGUUCGUUUGGGAAGUGCUUUGGGUGCAACUCAGUCGUUCUUGUGAGCAAUGAAAAGAAGACAAGAAAGAGUAUCAUGUCCUACAUAACUGAGGUAUAUUUACUUGAAGGUAUUCUAUUAUGUGCUUCUACAGUUUUCUGCAUAAAAUUCCAUUGUUCAAUGCUUGCAUAUAUUUACCAUCAACAAGCAAAAUUACCAAAAUUGGUGCUUGCUUGUUUCUUUAGAUAUAAGGAAGCAGUUUGUGACUCUUCCCUUUCUCUGCAGGUUAACUUGGGUCAAGAAACACUGAAAGGGCUCUUGGCUAAUUGGUUGAGAAAAAGAAAGCAAAGAAUGAGAUCUGCAGCCCCUACUAAUGGGGAGUUAUUACCUGGAAGAAUGGAGGUUGAUGGAAGUUCUGAGACUAAUGCAGUGGUUUAUCCUCCAUUUCAAUUCUCAAAUGAUUCCCCUCCUUCCUUUAUCACUGAGGGAAGCAAUGGAGUUCCAUGGAGUAAAAAAAUAACCCAUUUUGAUGGAACUGAGGAUGAAAAAGACUUCCCCUGGUGGUGUCUCGACUGCGUAUUGAAUAAUUGCUUACCUUUUAAGGAAAAUACCAAGUAA